CCUCCCCGUUUCUAUCCCCUUCUCGGUCGCUCCACUUGCGCUCGCUCCGCUCCGCCUUUCCAGUCCUCCCCCCGCCUCCCAAGAUGGCUGCGGGGCUGCCGGGCCCGGAGCCGUGGAACCGCGUGAGGAUCCCGAAGGCGGGGAGCCGCAGCGCCCUGACGGUCCAGGACCCCGGCGCGGCCCUGGAUCUUUGUAUUGCAGCUGUAAUUAAGGAGUGCUGUCUUCUUACACUGUCACUGAAGAGCCAAAUCUUAGAUACAGAAACAGACGUGUUAUGCGCAGUUCUUUACAGCAAUCACAACAGAAUGGGCCGCCACAAGCCCCAUUUGGCCCUUAAACAGGUUGAACAGUGCUUAAAACGCUUGAAAAACAUGAAUUUGGAGGCUUCAAUUCAAGAUCUGUCUGAGUUUUUUCCCAAUGAAAAUCAGCCUAUAUCUACCAAAGCACGUGUCAUCCCCAGCCAACCAGUGGUGGAAUUGAUGCUGAUGAAGAUUUUGGGAGCCAGCAAGUUGUUACUUCGCUUGUUGGACUGUUGCUGCAAGACAUUUCUCUUGACUGUGAAACAUCUAGGUUUGCAAGAAUUCAUUAUUUUAAACCUUGUGAUGAUUGGGCUGGUGAGCAGGUUAUGGGUUCUCUAUAAAGGUGUUUUAAAAAGGCUGAUUUCUUUAUAUAAGCCAUUGUUUGGAUUGCUUGAAGAGGUCUCUAGGAUUCAACCACUGCCUUACUUCAAAGAUUUUACCUUUCCUUCUGAUAUUGCUGAAUUUUUAGGACAGCCCUAUUUUGAACUUUUUAAGAAAAAAUUGCCUACAGCUUUUGCCGCUAAAGGAGUAACCAAAUUGCUGAGUAAACUGUUUUUAACAAAAGAGCAAUCAUCAAGGUCCAGUGAAGAAACUUCACUCAGAAUUUCUGAAAAAGCUAAACAAAUGAAGAUCAAUACACAGAAUAAUGUGGAUCUUGGAAAGCCAGUAAAGAAUAAGAAAAUCUUCAGAGAACACUCAUCAGAAUUCGAUGUAAGGGCUUUCUGCAAACAGCUGAAACACAAAGCUAUGCAGGAGACCAGCUUUGAAUUCAAAUGUUCUCAAUCUAAACUAAAGGCAAUGAAAUCUUCUCAGAAAGUGAUAGGAACUCACUGUGCCAAACGUUUUAUGCAAAGGAUCCGAGAGGCUAAGACUUUCAUUCAACUUUCUGAAAAAAUCCAAAUGCUGAUUCUGUGGUGCAGGAGCAAAAAACUCAAGGCUCAGGCCACUUAUCUGGGUAACAAACUUCUUAAAAGUAACCGGCUUAAACAUGUGGAAGCUCAAGGCUGUAGUUUGCCAAAGAAACUAGAGAGCAUAAAAACAUCAAUUUGCAACUGCCUUCUUCGUGGCUCAGGUAUCAAAACUUCAAAGCAUCAUAUGAGACAAAGGAGAUCACAGAAAAAAUUUUUACUGAAGCAGAGGAAAUCACAGAGAAAGUUGCAGUCAGGUCUUUUAAAGGAAAUUCAGCAGUCCCCUCAAGGGACUCUUAGUGCUACAGAUGAACCACACCAUGUGGUUCGUAGACCUGAUUGCUACCCUAACAAUAAGCAACUCUUGAGUAGCAGUAUUUCAAAACCUGUCAUACAAACUAAGGAGAAACAAAUUCAUGAACGUCGUACAGAAGGCAAAGGAAAUGAAACUGAUUCAUCGACAAUGCAAACAAACACACACAACACAUCAGGAAUUAUUAGGGAGACAGAUGACAUUGAUGAUAUUUUUGCUUUAAUAGGAGUUUAGAAUCUCAUAUGUGAGACUUCUAAGUGUUUAAUAGACUGGUCCAGUGUUCUGCUGUUGGAAUUACUGAGAUCUGGAAAGAUCUGGAAAUACUACUUGAACUCAGGAGCUGCUUUAGUGCAAUAUUAUCUAGCAUUUCAUUUCAGUUCAUGUUUGUAAGAGCUUUGUGUUACUUAAUUGACAAGUAUUUGACUAUUAGUCAAAUUCUGAUUUGACUGUAUGCCAGGUGUUAAGAUGGAAAGUUUGUAUUUUGCCCUUGAAGGAGAUGUAAUUCCUUGAUUGAGGCUGGUA